GAAAACGUGAGCUUAUUACAAUAAGGUUUGUAUGUCAUUCUAUUACAUCACUAUACUGGCUGGCUAUGCAAGGUCUUCUAGGCUAGAUAAGAAAAAUUGAAACAAGAAACAGUUUUCAACUUGGAACAGCAUUAUGUUGGAGAAAUUAUUGAAGGGUUUCUCUACAACUGCCUGGACGGCUGUCAUAGCAACAGCCUGUGUAGCAUGGUUUAUAUACAAAAGAAGAAACCCCCCAAUCGAACCUAAAAUAUCACCAGAUGAAAAUAAAACAUCCAAGCAGACAAGAAAAAGAAAAGGAAAAAAGAAACUUAAAAUAUUUUAUGGCAGCCAAACAGGAAAAGCACAGAAUUUUGCUGAAACCUUGGCAUAUGAGUAUGAUUUACGAGGAUAUGGAACAGAAGUUGUAAAUCUGAAAGAUUAUGAUCCAGAAGAUAAUCUAGUUGAAGAGAAUAAUAAUGGCAAUAUUUGUGUGUUUAUUAUAUCAACCUAUACAGACGGUCAGCCACCAGAGGGAGCUACAUGGUUCUAUAAAUGGUUGACAGAUACAGCGGCAGAUUUCCGGGUUCAGAAAACGUUAUUAAAGGGUUUUUAUUAUACUGUUAUCGGACUAGGAAACUCCCUUUAUCAAGAUAACUAUUGUACAGUUGCUAAACAACUAGAUAAGAGUCUACAUGAAUUAUCAGGAACUCGUUUUUCUGAAACUACAUUUUGUGAUGAGAAUACUGUACUUAGUAAACAUGGAGGUUUAGAAGCUGAUUUUGCCGCUUGGAGAGAUUGGUUCUGGAAGAAAGCUCAGCCGGCUUUAAAUGGACGGAAAGUCCGGGAAUGUAGUAAGAAAUGUGAUGGUAAAUGUGCGUGUGUAAAACCAGGAGAUGGGGAAGAUGGAGAAGGGGGAGCGUGUAGCAGUGACGAGUGUAGCAGUGAUGACGAGAUUUUAUUUGAAUCCACGAGUGAAGAAGAGAUUGAAGUUGAAAAAGACGUGGAGAAACCAAAUGAAACCAAUAAAAGGAAAAUACAGACAAAAACAAAACCCAAAACGUCUCCGAAAUCAGGUGUGGUUGAUUUAGAAGAUUUGGGUUUUAUUAUGAAAAAAGCUAAGCUAGCUAAGCAAAAAGAAGAGACAAGUGAAUCAAGACAGAUGAUUACGCCAGUAUUAAGAGCAUCACUGGAGAAACAGGGCUAUAAAUUAAUUGGAUCCCAUUCUGGUGUAAAACUUUGUCGUUGGACUAAAUCGAUGUUACGGGGUAGGGGAGGAUGUUAUAAACACACGUUUUAUGGUAUUGAAAGUCAUCGCUGUAUGGAGACAACUCCAAGUUUAGCUUGUGCUAAUAAAUGUGUCUUCUGUUGGAGGCAUCAUACAAACCCAGUUGGUACAGAAUGGAAGUGGGAAAUGGAUGAUCCAGAAACACUUAUUCAGGGUGCUCUACGAAAUCAUACAAAGAUGAUAAACGAAUUUAAAGGUGUACCAGGUGUUAUACCAGAAAGAUUUGCUGAAGGUAUGACACCUCAACAUUGUGCCUUAUCUCUAGUAGGUGAACCCAUCAUGUAUCCAGAGAUAAAUAAAUUUAUAGAUCUACUCCACGAUAAACAAAUAUCAACGUUCCUCGUUACCAACGCACAAUUCCCAGAUGCCAUCAGAGAUUUGUCACCAAUUACUCAGUUAUAUGUUAGUGUUGAUGCUAGCACGAAGGAAAGUUUAAAAAAGAUUGAUCGUCCACUGUUUAAAGAUUUCUGGACAAGAUUUACGGAUAGUUUAACGGAACUGUCUAAUAAAGGGCAGAGAACUGUGUAUAGAUUAACCUUAGUUAAAGAAUGGAAUACAGAAGAAAUUGAAAAUUAUGCUAAACUCGUAGACUUGGGUAAACCUGAUUUUAUAGAGGUCAAAGGUGUAACAUAUUGUGGUGAAUCUAAAGCAUCUAGUUUAACUAUGCAGAAUGUACCGUGGCAUGAAGAAGUUAUAUACUUUGUCAAUAAAUUAACGGAUCUGUUAAAAGAUUACGAGAUAGCUUCAGAACAUGAACAUUCAAACUGUCUACUUCUAGCACAUAAAAAGUUGAAGGUUGACGGAGAAUGGUGGACAUGGAUAGAUUACCCCAAGUUUCAUCAACUCAUGUCAGAAUAUCGCAACUCGAACGGAAAAAAGACUUUUACAACAAAUGAUUAUAUGGCCAGGACCCCAUCAUGGGCUGUAUUCGGAGCGAAGGAGAGAGGUUUCGAUCCAAUAGAAACCAGGUAUCAUCGCAAAAAACAGAAAGACAUCAGUGGGUGUUGAUUAUAUAGACUGAUAGAUAGAAGGAUGAAUGAAGCAUGAAUGAAAGAAGAGUGAUUGAAUGGCGAAUGAAUGAAUGUGUAUAUGGCCAGAAUCCCAUCAUUGGCUGUAUUCGGACCCAAGGGGAGAGGUUUUGAUCCAAUAGAAACCAGAUAUGAUAAAAAAAACCAAAAAGACAACAGUUUGUGUUGAUGAUUUAGACUGAAGAGUGAAUGAAUGGUGAAUGAAAGAAGGAUGAAUGAAAAGUAUUUUAUUUAUGGGAUAAAAAGUAUGAAUGUCACAUAAUGAAAUUAUUAAUUUUUUUUUAUAUACUAAAUGAGUAAUUAUUGUCCAAUUUCCAAAUUGAGGAGAGACAUGUGUGUCCAAUUUUCAAAUGUUAUUUGUAAAAGAGAGCCAUUAUUUAUUCCAGAAAACUUCAGCUAAGAUACUUUAGUUACUCAUCUUUGUCGAUGUGACUGUUUGAAUUUGUAUGUUACUUAUAUCGUAGAUCAUCAUAUCUGAAUUGACAGAGUUUUGGACCUUUUAUCGAAGAACAUUGCCCCCUCUCCCUCCCAGAAAUAAAAUGAAAUGGGGUGCAAUGUCCUUCUGUUCUCGGCUAAUGAAGACAGGACUGCCAGGACGAAAAAAAAAACGACAAGAUGAGUGGGGUUGGGGCAGUUCCUGGUCCAAAACAGUUUUGAUUUUAAAAUAAUGUAUUGUUACUUGUUUGUAUUUUAGGGGGGCUGGAUGGCGUAUCAUAAGGUAUGUCAUUGAGUCAACUGGCGUGGUUUCGAAUACUCGGUUGUACGUGACAAGCACUAAGGUCGCCUGUCCAUCUUCAUGGGUUUUCUCCGGGUCCUCCGGUUUUUCUCCCACUGGUAAAGACCCCUACGUGCAAGCGAAUUAUUGAAAUGAAAUUGAACCAUAUGUUAGCCCCGAAAUGACCUAGGUUGUGUUGAGUGGAGCUAAACCCCAUUUCUCUCUCUCUCUCUCUCUCUCUCUCCAACCUAUACUAUCACCUACCACUGGCCCGUUAUACAAGUUUCUCAAGAUAUAUUUCCUCACCAAUUUCAGUCAACAUGGAAGUGGAGGUUAAACUCGAAAGUCAACAAUUCCUUCAACUAUUAAUUAUCAGUUAUGGUAUUCCUUAAUGUGAAAUGUAUUGUUUUAAGCAAUCUGAUCAAAAUACACAUCUAUAUUUCAUUUCGGUUUAGUUUCAUUUUUUUAUACUUUUGAUGGCCUACACUACAUGAAGAUCUGACCGGUUGUACUGGCAGGUCGCGUCAGGUGUCGUACGACCAGCUUUUGAACCUAUGACAUCAGACAUUUGAUUAAUCAAUCAGCGUUAACGUUUCUAGUGGUUUACCCACAGUUCCAUGCAUUGCACGCCAAGAACUCGCCGUUUCAUUGGCUAACCCCUCACUUCAACCAGAACAUUGGUAACAACUUUUCCAGAUCCUAGUCAUUAAAGACAAGUAAAACAAAAUUUUGAACUAUAAAAAACAAAACGAAAUAGGAUCUGUGUUUUAAUCAAAUUGAUAUAUAAAGUUAAAUGUAAAUAUGUAUAUUUUUAAGCUGAUGUUUUGUUGCCAAAUAUUUCGUAUUCCCAACUUUUAAUAGAAGGUUGUUAAUUUAGCUGGGGACAAUUCUGUGGAAUACUGUUAAUGUUUAAUACUUGGAGUGACUUGAGCUAGAAUUAUCCAGUCCUACACAGAAUUAUAUAUGAAUUCAACAAUUAAACUUGUAACAUGGA